UAGUGAUCAGGCGAGAUGGUGGUGAGAGAAACUGAGACCAUGGAUGCCAGGUGGUUUGACUACCCGGCCUCCGGAGACUUGCCUGACGAUGAAGACAUUGGGGACUUCAAGCCUCGCUUGACUACUGAUGGAUUAGAUGAAUAUGAGGCAUCUGGUUCUGGAGACUAYGAAGACUCUGAAGAUACCGUGUUCCCAGCCACCACGGAUACUCCUGUGAUAGCUGACAACUAUAUCCCUGGAGAUACCGAGCGAAAGAUAGAAGGUGAGAACAAAAACACCAUGGUGGACAAUGAAAUCGUGCCAGACAAAGCCUUGCCUGUCGAAGAGAACCUGUCCAACAAGAUCUCCAUGGCAAGCACAGCCAACAGCAGCAUCUUUGAAAGAACAGAAGUGCUUACAGCUCUCAUUGCAGGAGGGGCAGUGGGCCUCCUGUUUGCAGUCUUCCUGAUCCUCCUCUUAGUCUAUCGCAUGAAGAAAAAGGACGAAGGCAGUUACGAUCUCGGGAAGAAACCCAUCUACAAGAAAGCCCCUACGAAUGAGUUCUACGCUUAAAGCUCAACAGCACCUUGUGCCCAUCAAACAGACUGCUUGGAAACAGCGUGCCCUCCGAUGAGGCAUGCUGAAAAAAAURUUCUUUCGGGAUUCAAUUUCAAAGCAACUUUGAGGGGGGAAAACCCUUUCUCCUUGACCCUUUCCAUCCUGCUCAGCUAUCAAGGGCCCAAUGAAAUACAAAGAGUCUGGAAAAAAAACACGUUUUGUCUAAAGCUAGUGUAACAAUAAUAAAAAUGCCAAAUUUUCUGCUUGGUUUGGUAGAGGGUCUAUAAACAUAAAACAGACUAUAUGGAAGCAAACACCAUGUGUUUACCUCCAGUGUGCAGUCAGGGCUCGAGUGGCCGCUUCUAUAGAAAUGGCUUUUUGUUUUAUAAACCUUGCUAAUAGACGUCUUGCAGCAGGCUGUUGAUGUGAAGCAUUUUUUUGUUGUUGUCAGAGAACUAUUUAUGAAUCUCUUACACUACAGAUAACGUUGCCUUAUCAGGGAGUAUAGGGCCCUUAGGGCACAAAAUCCCUGAAUGCCAUAAAGGGCCUGUGGGAAUGUUUUCCCCAGGAGGCUUCUAUCUCUUCCUGUUGGCCCCGGGCAAGGGUCACUAGUCCAUGAAAUCAGGACGGUCCGUUUUGUUUGGCUAUGACAGCACCCUUUCCUUGCCUUCAAUCUCUUACCUUUUCAGGAUUGUUUGUA